GGAGCACUGACAGUGCAACUCCGAUUUUUCUGCAAGAUUUGCCAUUUUGUAUAGUAUCUUCCGAUUUUCAUUAAGCGAACUAACAAUUUACUCCAGCGCGAGCAUUCCUUUGAUUAGUACUUCUGGAGUUCGUGCUUACUGCUUUGUAUAGGCCAAAACGACUAGCUACACGGCUCUAUCCAUUUCUUAUUGUUAGCUUCGGAUGAGCGUAUCAUACCUCUAUUCAAAUUUCAGGCAUAACUGAGAACUGUGUCUGCAUUUCAGACAUUCUGUCACAGAAUCUGAAAAUACAGGCCAGUACGAUGUAUGGAAUGGAUUAACUGAACAACCGGACUGUGGAUAGAGUGAAUUACUUUCACAAUGACUCUGGACGAUAUGCUAGAUCAUUUCGCUGACGCCGGUGUAGUGCUGACUAAAUUUUAUCCGAAAAGACGACCAGAAAAGCGUUUGUUUGUUAUUCGCAAGGAAUCUCGACAGCUUGGCUGGAGCGCACACCUGCAGCAUUUCCGGUCCAAACCUUUAGAAGGACUUGUUGACAUUAGGGAUAUUAAGGAAUUGCGUAAAGACAAAAUAUCGCGCGAAUUUGAACGAGUCGCUGAAGAUGCCAAACGUUUUUUGUUUCCGUUGGUUAUCCACUAUGGAGCGGAAUUUCGUCUUGCCACGAUUAGCUGUGCUGCGGAAUCCAGGCAGACGCUGGACGAUUUCCACAAGAUUUUGCAGUCAUUAAUGCAGGAUGUCGAAAAAGCAAAAAGUCUCCCGUACAGCUUGCAUUUGGAGAGAUGGCUAAGCAAGGAAUUUCAUCAACGGGGGCACCGCAUGUGCAUAAAUUUUGUCGAUACAAAAAAUUUUCUGUAUCGUGCCAACUGCAAAGUACAAACCGGACGAUUGAAAGAUCUCUUCCAGGAAUUGGAUACAAGCGGCCGUGGGGAAAUUAAUUUCAAUGCUUUUGUCGCCAUAUGCUGUAAACUGUUGACAGUGGAACAAUAUUUUUUGGAUUGCUUUGGUAAUUACUCCGGCAACAGGCAAACAGUGAAUGACAAAGAAUUUCAGCGCUUCCUGUUAACUGAACAGCACGAAUCCUGGGCGAAGCGGGAUGGGAAAGUUGUUGAGCUGAUGAAUCAGUUUCAGUAUGGCCUGCGCCGGAGUUCGGAUGAACCAUCAUUCAAUACAACAGAAGCUAUGAAUUACUUGUUUUCGAGGCAAAACACAAUUUGGGAUUCCACUCAUGAUCGCAUUACCCAGGAUAUGGACCAGCCUUUGACACAUUACUGGAUUGCUUCUUCUCAUAAUACAUAUCUCACCGGAAAUUCAUUGACAAGUGACUCUGCUGUUGAGGCUUACGCCAGAUGUCUGCGUAUGGGAUGCCGAUGUAUAGAGCUUGACACUUGGGAUGGACAAGAUGAUCAACCAUGGAUUUACCAUGGUCAUACCUUGACCUCACGGAUUAAAUUCUCUGAUGUUGUGGAAUGUAUACGAGAUCAUGCGUUUGUGACGUCUGAUUACCCUGUGAUACUGUCAAUUGAAGAUCACUGUUCGCUUCCGCGGCAGAGGAAAAUGGCUGAAACUUUUCGGAGUGUACUGGGAGAUCUUCUUCUUACCGAACCUUUCGAUAUGAAUGAAAAGCUGAUGCCAUCUCCCAAUCAGCUGAAACGGAAAAUUAUCAUUAAGCAUAAGAAACUGCCAGAGGGCGUGGAGACUUUGAUCCGUACCCCGGUUACUUUAAAAGAGGAUGACAGUUUCCGCGACUCCCUGGAAGCUUUGGACGUCAGCCUGUACCGCAACGGCAUCAUGUUCCUUCAGGAGCACGGCAGUCACGAGUGGCUUCCACAUUAUUUUGUCUUGACAGCUACGCGCCUUUCAUAUAUGGAGAAACCACCGGAUGAUGAAAACGGGCAUACUCAGACCAUGGAAGAAGGAAACGAAGAAAAUGAAUUCUCCCAGGAACCAGAUUUACGGGAGUCUGCAGAGGACUUGCAUUUGGCGGAAAACUGGUUUCACGGAAAGCUGCCUGAACCUGCUCGGGAAAAGGCUGUUGAGUUAAUCUUGCAGCAUGCUCAUUUGGGAGAUGGAACUUUCCUGGUCCGGCAGAGCAGCACUUUCGUUGGUGAUUACAGUUUGUCAUUCCUAAGAAAAGGCGAUGUUCAUCAUUGUCGAAUCCAUUACAAGCCAGAAGCCGUGAAUACCAACGGCUCAUGUUCGGGUGACGGAACGAUUAAUGUAACUGAUCGUAAGCUUGGUCCACGGCGCUCGACGAAGUACAAGUAUUAUUUGGUGGAAAGAAAAUCCUUUGAUAGCCUGUACGAUUUGGUCUCAUACUAUAAGAAAAAUCCUCUCAAGAGUGCAAAAUUUGAUAUUAUCCUCGCCCACCCGGUUCCUCAACCUGAAGCGCAUAGACAUAAAAGCUGGUAUCACGAGAACGUAUCGCGGGUGACUGCGGACAUUAUACUCCAGAGGCUGGCUUUGAACGGUGCUUUUCUUGUGAGAAGAAGUGAGACCUCUGAAGCGGAUUGUCCCCGAUAUGCGAUAUCAUUUAGAGCCGACAAACAGAAUAAACACUGUCGCGUUGCUCGUGAUGGGCGGCUUUAUCUGCUGGGAUCCAUGCAAUUUGAGAGCCUAGUUGAUAUGGUCGAACAUUUUGAAAAGACGCCGCUCGUUAAGGAUGUCCGAUUGAAAAUCCCGAUCACUCCUGAGUUGCUUAAGCGUGUGGAUUUGCAGGCCGAAAUUGUUAACGGCGAAAUAGUUCCACAGGAUAAGGAUUCCUCUUCGUUGGAUGCCGAAUACUUCAAUCCAAAUUUUGUGGUGACUUGCGAAGCCCUCUUUGCAUAUACUGCUCAGCGUCCAGAUGAGCUGACUUUCCCCAAAGGAGCAAGAAUCAAUAACGUUUACAAAGCUGAAGGCCAAUGGUGGAAGGGCGAUUAUGAGUUAGAACAGCGGUGGUUUCCCUCUAAUUACGUUCGAGAGAUUACUGAUGACGAUCAGCGCCGGGAUUCUUACAUUUCUUAUGGCGAAAACACGAUUUUUGGGGCACAACAAAAAGGAUCAUUUGAUGUGACCGAUUGCGUUCUCCAUGAGCUUCCGGGAGGAGUAAGUGGAAAGCAGUUUGUCUUCCGACUGACCAUGUUCCCUGACCGACCGAGACCAGAGGCUGUGGACUUGGCUUGUGAAAGUGCCGAUGAUAUGCAUCACUGGGUGAACGCUAUCCGACAAGGAGUGGAUAUUUCUAAAGAACAGAGUCGGCUCACAUUUGGGCAGGAAGUCAAAGUUAACUGCGCGCGGGAAUUGUCUGACUUGAUCGUGUACUGUAGAUCUGGCGUUCCGUUUGAUCCUUACAGGACGGAUUUUGAUUUUCGCUGCAUGUCAUCAUUUUCAGAAACGAAGGUCGAAAAAUGGUUAACACCAGCGAAUUGCAAGACAUUCUUGAAGUACAACCAGACCCGGUUCAGUCGCAUCUAUCCCAUGGGUAAACGCGUCAACUCCUCGAAUUAUGAUCCCACUCGGAUGUGGAACUGUGGAUCUCAAAUGGUUGCUCUGAAUUAUCAGACUCCGGAUGCUCCGAUGCACCUUAAUCAAGGACGAUUUAUGCAGAACGGAAAAUGUGGCUAUGUGUUGCAGCCGGCUUUUAUGCGCAAUGAGAACUAUGAUCCAUACAAUGCCUUAACGCUGAAAGGCAUUGUUGAGCCGAUAGUUUUGUCUGUUACGGUGGUCGCCGGCCGGCAUCUCCUCAAAUCGGGAAAGGGUAUUUCUAGUCCAUUGGUGGAGGUAGAAGUAACGGGUGCGGAUUACGAUUGCAACAAAUUCCGAACUGAUAUGAUCAAUGAUAACGGCUUUAAUCCGUUCUGGAACGAAACAUGCGACUUUGACAUCCGCAAUCCCGAUCUGGCUCUGAUCCGUUUUAUCGUUCUGGACAUCGAUAUGUUUAAUGAUCAACAUCUAGUGGGUCAGGCCACCUUCCCCGUGCGUUGUAUCCGACAGGGAUUUCGAUCUGUACCUUUGAAGAACGGAUGGAGCGAAGAUCUCGAGUUAUCAUCGUUGUUAGUGCGAAUUCAAAUCAAAACGCUGACAGAGGAAGACAGCGAUUUAUACCAGGAAAUACAACAACUUCGUCAUGAGAAACGGGAUUUGACCAGACAGAUUGACGAACUGGAACACUCAGGGCAGAAAACAGAUACGCUCCAAGCCGAGCUCCGUGAGAAAAAUAAGCAGUUGUCAGUCAAAUCCGAGGAACGUCAGCAUAAAUCAAAUGUUCAACCUCCGCAAAAGAAGCGAGUCGCUAAAAAGCUGAGCAGUAUUAGUAGUGUUACCUCGACCAUGAGUGGCCUGUUUUCCUCUUCAUUCAGUAGCGGAUACAGUGGAAGCGUCUCUUGAUUACUAAUUACUAAUUACUAUAUUGCCUCGUGAAAACCUGCCUUCAGCGUAAUUCCAGAAUACUGACAGGAAUCAGUCAUUUGUACCUGGUUCCUAGUUCCAACCUGUUGCCUGUGCUAGAGUUUUGAUAUUCUUGUAUUUUUCUGGUUUUUAACUUGCAUGUAUAUGAUUGAAUUUUUAAUCUUCCUAAAGUUUUACACUGCGAGAAUCGUUGCCUGUUUUACACGUUUGAAAUUUCUGUAUUUGGUUGUGUUAUGUCUGGGUGUAGAAAUAAAGUUACGUACGCCCCCGUUAUAUUUGAAGGAAUUUAAUUUCAAUUUAGCACCAAAAUCAAGAAAUAAAAAGCCGCAGCACCGAAAGUAUUAUCCCUUGGGCUUGACUUUGUCCUUCUUGAGAGGACCCAUGAAAGAAGCCUUUUCUUCGGCUGUCUGGAAACGACCAUGCCCGAAUUUGGACGAUGUAUCGAUGAAUUUGAUGUU